UUUUCAUUCAGUCCUAAGAAUCCUUUUAAACAAAGCACAGUCAAGACUCGCGGGAGGAUAGCAAUCGCAAACUUAAAAAUUAAGACCUAAAAGUGAAAUAUUAUUUCAAUUCUGAAGUCUAAGUAGGUGCACAGUGAAUUAUAUCAUCAGCAAAGAUGGAUGAUCGUACCAUUGAUACAAUUUUUGCCGGCUCACUGGAAAAUUUGCCCCCAGUCAGCUCCAAAAUUGUACGCAUUUUCACCAGCUCUACGUUCACCGACACAACUAUGGAAAGAAACAAUCUGAUGGCUAAAUGUUACCCAAGAAUCAAAGAUUAUUGCCGAGAAAAACACGGUUUGGAGUUCCAGGUGGUUGAUAUGCGAUGGGGUGUUCGAGAUGAGGCCACCGAUGAUCACAUGACGACGGAGCUUUGUAUGCGCGAGAUCAGGAACUGUCAACGCCUAUCCAUGGGUCCAAACUUCGUCGUCUUUUUAGGCCAAAAGUACGGCUACCGCCCAAUUCCAACGUACAUCCUAUCAUCGGAGCUACAAUUGAUUCGCGAUGACCUUGCCUCUAUGGGAAUCGACGUAACCCUUCUGGACAUGUGGUACAAAAAAGACAGCAAUGCCGUCCCUCCCAUAUCUAUAUUGCAACCGAUUUCUUCGAUUCUAACCAACUUUAUAAAUAAGCGUGUACCAAAAUUACAAGCAGAAGAUCAGGCAGUAUGGUGGGAUACUUUAACCAAGAUGCAAAAGCUGUUCCGCAAAGGUGCUGCUUCGCUUUUUGCACAGGGGAAAUUAGACAAAGAUCAAACGCAUAACUAUUUCAUGUCAGUAACGGAAAGAGAAGUCAUUAACGGCCUGUUGAGUGUGAAGAACACCAAAAAUCAUUGUAUUGCUUAUCUGCGCUACAUAAACAACAUCAACCUGCAAAAUCUCAAAAAGGCCUCGCUGUAUGUUGAUAUUCUGAACAGAAGUUUAGACACGGAGGCAUGCAAACUUCUGGCGGAUCUACGAGAUGUUCGCGUACCCAAUCGUAUCGAGGUAUCCAACCUGCAAAAGUACACAAUUGAGUGGAUCGGUCGAGAAGGCUUGGACGUGGAAACUCACGAGGAAUAUCUAAACCAUUUCAUUACUCAUUUUUACAAGAACAUUGUCAAGCUUGUAGAUCGUGCUAUGCGUAAGGAGGACUCCAGUGCACAGGGACAGAUAGUUACAGAGAUCUUACAGCAUCUACACGCGUGCAAUAACUCGGUUAAGGUAUUUUAUGGGCGUGAAAAUCAACUGAAGCGGAUUGAGCAGUACAUGCUGGGACCGAGUGAUAAGCCAUUAGUUUUGUUCGGCGAAGGCGGUUGUGGUAAAACUUCUCUUUUAUCAAAAAGUGCCGCUUUAACAUUUAACGAAUGGUUUGCAAAAGUAAGACCGAUUUGUAUCAUAAGAUUUCUUGGCACAACACCGGAUUCUAGUGCGCUGACACCCACUCUGAUUUCAAUAUGUCAACAGAUAUCCUACAACUUUAUGUUGCCGUUUGAUCAAAUUCCAGAUGAUUUGGUACCACUUACAGCACAUUUUAAGCAACUUUUGGCAUAUGCUAGCAAACAACAACCUCUGUUGCUUUUCCUUGAUUCAGUCGAUCAGCUCACUGGAACUCAGGAUUCGAGUAAAGUUUCGUGGCUACCAACAAGAUUACCACCCCUUUGCAAGAUUAUUGUAUCAUGUGCGGCCGAGGAAUUCAAUCCGGUUGUUUCUCAGGAAUACCAUCUGCUGCGCCGAAUGAUCGACGUCGAAGAAAACUUUAUCGAAGUGACCGCUUUGGGUGAAGAUCUCGCCAUGAAUGUAAUCAAAAUGUGGAUGGCUACAGCAUGUCGUGAUCUCUCUAAUUACCAGUGGCGUUUGGUAGCAAACGCAAUUGGUAAAUGCUCCCUACCGAUUUUCGUCAAAUUAGUUUUCGCCGAGAUAUGCCGAUGGAGAAGCUACACUCGUCCGCAAGAUACUCAUCUAGCAUCUACCGUCAUGGACAGUAUUAUGAUGCUAUUUGAACGGAUCGAAAUACAACACGGACGUAUUUUGGUGUUCCACGCUCUGGCUUACAUUACGGCUGCUAAAUCGGGUCUAUCGGAGAGCGAACUAGAAGAUUUGAUAUCACUCGAUGAUCGAGUCCUGGAUGACGUCUAUCAGUACCAUCUCCCGCCAGUACGUCGAAUCCCCCCGCUUCUUUGGACGCGAAUACGAAACGAUCUUCCUAAUUAUCUCAGUGAACGUGAGGCGGAUGGAGUGAACGUUAUGAACUGGUAUCAUAGACAGUUUAGGGAUGCAGCCAAGGAACGUUAUUUCAAAAACAUGAACAUGGCAAUCUACUUCCACUCGAUGAUCGCUGAUUAUUAUCUCGGCAUAUGGGGUGGAAGACCAAAACCAUUCAAAUACACUGAAAUUCAAAGACAUCGUUUUGGUCUUACCGAUAAAGAAGGUAUCGCAGACAGAAAGGUCCCAGUCCAACCGUUAGUUUUUACCAACAAGGAAGGGAAAGUAACAAGAUAUAAUUUGAGAAAGUUUGGUGAGCUUCCGUUCCAUUUAAUUAGAUCGCGACGAUUUACAGAUCUGUAUGAAAAUGUUCUUUUCAACUACGACUGGUUACACGCAAAACUUUCCAGUUGCCCUCUGCAAGCAGUAUUGGCGGAUUUUGAAGACGCUUCAGUUAACAUCGAUGAUAAAGACGCCAAACGAGAGCUAAUGUUAGUAGCCGAUGCUCUCCGUUUGGGUGGCGCUAUCCUCGGUGUUUAUCCCAACAUGCUGGCGGCUCAAUUGGUUGGUCGUUUGCUGCCGGAAAUUGGUGGAAAUCCUAACAUUAAGAUGUUACUUGAAGCGUGCGAUAAAUCGGGCCCUAAAGACUCAGCCUUGAUUCCACUGAACCACUGUCUUCACACGCCAGGCGGUCCACUAAAGUACUCUCUCGAAGGACAUCAGUUUGCCGUGUUUGGGUUCUGUCUUACUAGCGAUUAUCGCUAUAUGGUGUCAAUCUCGACACGAUUUAUCACUUGGGAUUUGUCCACUUCCGACCUGACGCGUGAUGUGAACCCCGGAGUGGAAGGGAUCAUGCAGCAAUUGGUCCUCAGUCCGGAUAAUAAAUGGGCGGCCGCGUACACUAAUAACAGGCAGAGUGUACUUUUGAAUAUGUUAUCCGCUGAGCUAGCUAUUAUAGAUAAUCCGUUUGAAGAAAACGAACCAAUCACUGGUCUUUAUCUACUUAAUAAAAAUCUAUUUCUGCAUACGAAACUUAGCUACGCAUACUACGAUAUGCGGGGUACCUUAAUUGAAAAGUUUCAUCUUCAUGAUAUUUCCGACGACUGGGAAUUAUUAUUUAUGGAGUUUACGGAAUUCGACGAUUUUUUCGCUAUUUUAUGGUCCGGAGCAAUUAAUGACACAAGGUUGAUGUUGUACACUAGCAAGGAUAAUUACAGAAUUCCAUCGAUUAAAAUGCACAGUGUAAUCACUAUGAAGAAAGAUAGAUUGUCAAUGUACUGUUGCCAUCAGGAGGAUCUUUACCAAGUAAGCGAGUUUCAGUACCACGAAGACAGCACGAGCAAAACAGCGGAAUGGCGGCAUGUGCGGGAUUUGCCACGCUAUGAGAAUGAUGUCAAGGAAAUGGCUCUUCAGUUAAAGAUGGAUCAAAACGAUCGAUUCCUUCUGGCCAGUACGGCUAACGGAUUCGUCGUGUGGGAUUUCGCCACGGAGGAUCCCAUAUCAGAAGAAGCCAUAUAUCUUGCAUUACCCCAUGGUGUGCGCAACAUUUCUACCAAAAUGACCCAGUCAAAUUCGGUUAUGGUUAGCUCAAAAAUCGACUAUGCAGUCGCAGGCGUCAGGAAGAAUUUGUACGUCUGGUGUGUCAAAACUAAGCAAUUGAUGAAGGUGUUAGAUGCACAUUUUGGUCGAAUAAUGCAACUAGAGGCACUGACUAUUGGAACCUGGAACAGCGUGAUCACAUCCAGCAUUGACCGCUCCGUCAAAAUAUGGAAUAUAAAUAAUAUUUUUGAACAGGUGCACGUAAUCGAUCGUCACGAACUUCAAAUUGAUGGUAUCAGCCUCUCAGAGAACGGCGAACUAGCAGUUACUGUUACACGUGGUUGUGUUGGAGUUUGGGAAAUACGAACUGGCCGUUUGCUGUCCAAACUUGCGGACAGCCCUCUCGGAGCCAUUGUGACACACGCGGAGAUCACACCCGAUGGACGCUAUAUUGUCUCAUCAGAAACAGGAAAAAUUCUCAUCUGGAAUCGGGUAACCGAGCAGGUGCUCUCGCGAGACUCCCAGCCAGGCAUACAACAGUUAAAAUUUUUAGAAAAUGGAGAAAAUUUUUUAGCUGUUUCUUGCGCAAAUGCAACGAACGCAUCGUCAUCCUUAGCUAAUGGAGACGAACAGAAGCUGAUGGCGCUCGUUAUUGUUCGUAGUAUUCCGGAUGGCAAAACUGUUUUUAAUUUUGAUUACCCAGUUCGAGUGGUACCCGGACUACCAUUUCGAUGUGCUGUUGUUACAGCUGAUGGCCAGCACAUAGUUUGCGCUUCGGUCGACAAAAACAACAAAGAUUCAUUAUGGGUAUACAACGCGACAAACGGUGCUCACGAACAUAAGAUAUCCUUGAAGAGUUGUAAUAUAAAGGAAGUAGCAUCUUUGUUACCAUUUCCACAUAAGUCGUCCCAAGUAGCAGUUAUAAACAACGAAAAAGGAAGUAUAAUUGACAUAAAAACAAGAAAACAUGUACGCUCGAUUCCCAAAUGGGGAGGGAUCAGCACGAAGGAUGGAAAGUUUGGUCUCUAUGCGCCAUCACGUGGAGGAUUGGAACUCCUCGAACUAAAGAAAGGGUCCACUGUAAAGACUUUCAUUCCAAAGGUAGCAGAAGGUGUUUUCACAGUCAUAUGCAUGUUCACCGAUACGGACGAGUAUGUUCUGUACUAUCACAGUGGGCGCAAAACUUUGCGUGUAUUUCGUACCAGCGAUACAGAAAUGGUCGCCAACUAUCGUAUGCAGGCUGAACUGACUGCCAUCAAAAGUACUUCGGACGGAAAAAGUCUGGUUUUGGGUACUGUUGAUGGUUGCAUUUCUGUACUAGCCAUAGCUGAUUUGCAAAAACCAGAAAUGCAAGACUUUCUCAAGCAAUUGCCCUCAAGGGAUGCAAACUGGAAGAAGAAGUUGGCAAAGCAGAAGGCAUCGGCUAGAUUCAAAGCAGCAAUGAGAUUGGCUUCGAUAUCCACUAGAUUCGGAACUCCAGUAGACGAAGAAGAAGAUGAGGAUGACAAAGACCAAGAAAAUUAAAAUGUACGUGGUACAUACUUUACCACAAGUUAUCAACUAAUAUAAGAUAGAUGCUGUCUGGUUACUGUAUUUUGAUGAUUAUCAUGACAUUGUUAGUUGUUCUGGGAAAUAAAGCGAUAUUAUAAGUUAU